AGGUUCGAGCCCCCUAAUCGAAGAAGGACCCGAGGCCGGCUCGACGGUGGCUCAUCCAAGAUGAGGUCCUUCUGCAUUUCCGGAUUCUCCGACGCCCUGGACUGGAGGCCCAUCCUCUUCCAGGAGCCCGCCAUUGCACACAGCGCGUGCGCACUGUGUGGACUCGUGUCCCUCAAAGCCAUCAGGUUCUCCUGUGGCCACACGCUCUGCUCUGACUGCCACGAGGAGUGCUCUCGGCAAGAGAGCAUCUGUCCCAUCGAUCAGGAAUCCUUCGGCGAGGAUGAUUGCUCCCGAAUCGACCUUUCAGUGGGCUUUUUAGCCAAACGCCGGGCGGCCUGUUGGAACAAGUUCAAUGGCUACAACUUCGAGGGUCCCAUUUGCAGUGUCUUGAAGCACUGCAUGGAGUGCGCUUUCCACGUUGUGUCCUGUCCUCGGUGUCAAGCGUCCGUACUGAGGAGCGAGGUUGUGGGACACUGCAAACGUGGUUGCCACUUACCCGCCGUUGGGCCCGUUGAUGACACAGACUGUGCCACACAGGGAUACGACAGCAUCGAGCAGACAAGUAAUGAAAUCAAAGAAGCGUUGGGCAGGCUCUCUGAAGACCUGUCCUGUCUGCAAACUAGCCUGAACCUGUGUCGGGAGGACGUCAGAAAAGCAGAAAGGAGUUUGAAAGAACAGCUGGAAGCUCACUCUGUGUCACUUAUUGAACACUUGUCCAGAUUGCACAUCAAAGAGCCUUCUCUUGCGGAGGACAGACCGAGUGACGUCGCUGGUGAAGUGGAGAAGGGUUGUCAGGCCGGAAACUUCAGCGCACACGCCGAACGCUCGCUGCACGCCAAAGAGAGCACGUGCCAAGGACUGCAUCCUGAUCACCGAGGAAAGAAAUUCCACUGGUACUUAAGGGGAUUCACAGCUCUGGAGGAACAAGCACUCGAGGAUGAGGCCGCGGCUGCUGAGAGCCCCCGGCACUAUUUGAGCGGAUACAACGUCUCCAUUUUAUGCAGCAUUGAAUGGGAAGAUUUCUUCUGUAAUGUUUAUAUGUAUUUAGAAAUAUAUCGUGGAGCCUAUGAUUCAAGCCUGGAAUGGCCGUUCAGCAAGACUGUCAGUGUCAGAUUCGUUCACAGCGUGGACGAAAAUUUGAGUCUUUCCUUCUCAGUUGAUACGAGUAUAUGCAAUGGUGACGAGUUGCAGAGGCCAAACGAAAAUUCCCACAGAAGUGGUGCAUUCUUGAAGGAGUUGAAACUGGAGGAUAUAAAAAAGUAUGGGUUUGUUAAAAGAGACACAGUGCACCUGUACUUUGAGGUCGUGUAAUUGAAAACCUGCCUCUGUUACGAACGAAUGACAAGAAAAAAGAAACAGCUAAAAUUAAAAUUAGCAUCUUUACGUCUCCUUCAAUAUCGCGGUAUCAUUGAUAGCACAGUUUUACAGCUGUCUUUUUUUGUUUGCUAGAGCUAAAUCACCUUCAGGCAUAA